AUGCGUGGCGUCCGCGGCGCGGCACUCAUACAUACUGUGGUUCGCCCGUGGCUCUGUGGGGUCGUGCCCGCCUGCAUCGGUCGGUACUGUAGUGGUCAUUGUCCACUUUUGAAGCAUCAAGUGCAAGUUCCUUACGUCACUUCGUGUCUUUAUGUUCUAGUGGGUGAUGAGUGCCUCACCGAAUCUGAAAUGCGGCUUGUGUCAUGA